GACCCUCUCAGCAUUCAAGGCCAGAGUGAGAGGGGAUCUAACUAUUGUAAGUCUCUGUGUGUUGUCUACAGAGAGGGGGAGACAGAAAGAAAGACAGGAGAAGAGAGCAGCAGCGGGAGCAGCAGCAGCCUUCAACUCGAGUUAUUUGCUGCAGCUUGAAUUCAGAGUUGUACUCUAAACUUAUGAAAACAUUUCUAUCCACUGUCGCCUCUCAGCUCUGCAGAGCUCGCCCUGUCACUUCGGCCCCGUCGUCUCACCCUCCACACAGCCCCUCUGCAGACUAUCGACCUGACUUGACUUCCAUUAAACUUAACGGGAAGAGAAGAGGCUGCGGAGUGUUCAUCAAGUGGAGAAGCGGUCAGAGGUAGCCAGAGCUGUCAUGGCCAUGUCCCAGGAACGGAGCGUGCAUCUGGGGCUGUGGAUGCUCCUUUUGCUUGGAGCAGGCGUGGAGGAAGCUGUGGAGGGAUGUAGCUGCCACCCAGCACACCCACAGCAGCUCUUUUGCAGCGCUGAGAUUGUGAUAAGGGCAAAAAUCUCUGGAGAGAAGAUUGUGUCUCCUAGCAACAGCUCCUCACCUUACAUGAAGAUGAUCCAAUACGGAGUCAAAAUGAUCAAGAUGUUUAAAGGAUUUGACCGAGCGAAGGAUAUCCAGUACGUGUACACUCCCGUCUUCUCCUCACUGUGUGGAGUCAAACUGGACGCUAACAAUAAAGCAGGUUAUCUGCUCUCAGCAAGUAUGUGGAGAGAUGGGCGAAUUUCUAUUGGCCAGUGUGACCUGGUGGAGUCGUGGGACAACUUAUCUCUGUCACAAAGAAAGAAUCUGAACUACCGAUACCAGAUGGGCUGCGAGUGCAGGAUCAACACAUGUUACACGGUGCUGUGUGCGUCCACGGGAGAGAACGAGUGCUUGUGGACUGACUGGCUGCUGGAUAACAGUCUAAAUGGAGAGCAGGCCCGGCAGUAUGCCUGCAUCCGGCGAUCGGACAUGAGCUGUAGCUGGUACCGGGGUGGGCCUGCGUCGGAGAAAGACUUCAUGGACAUGACUGACCCAUGAUCCGUAAACCUGACACGCCCUGCUUUAGAAGAUUUGAAACAAAAUAGGCCAAUUUUUCUUUUCCUUUGGCCUGCAGGGGGAAAAAUCUAGUACAGAGUCUUAGCAGGGUUCAGGUGGUCACUCCAACUAUAACAUUUGAAAGGCAGGAGCUUCGAGCAUCCAUCUGACUCAUAUAUUCAGUUUUACACGAUCCACUUCAAAAAUAUGAAAGAAUCAGAACAGCAGCAGGAUAUUUACAACAAAUUGUUUACUCCAAAAGGAGAUUCGCCUUGUUUAACAAAUGUGGAAGACUCUAAACUGUUGAUGUGUGAGCUUUUGUAAAUGAAGUGAUGCAGCAAGAGUAGGUUGGCGUGCCUCUGCAUACUUUUUAAGCUGUGAUUUUCACCAUUACUGCAGCUUUUUGCCCACACAACCUGGUGUUGAACUUUUAUCCUGACACAUGACACUUCACUGUCACGGCCGAUGAGAACAUUCAGGAAAUACAGCACCAUGCAGAGGCUUUAGGCACUAAAACUACAGCAAGUAUACCUGUAGCUUCAACAAACAAGGGAAACUUAUUUAUUCCUAAAAUUCAGACAAAGUGCAAAGGGAAAAAAGCAGUUGUAAUCUUUUUUACAAUUUUCAGUUUCUUAAUGGCGUCUUCGGUUGCUAAACCCUUGAUACAUGGCUGUUUAUAACUUUUAGAGUUUUUGUGCAUCAUUAGAAUCAAAUCUGCAUUGUCACAUGCCUAAAAUUUUGCACACUGCUGUAUGCAAAAGAAAAAUGCCACUCAACAGUUUUUAACUCAUCUUUCCACUUGUACAUUUAAAUGAUUUUAUUUCAAAAUCUUGAGUGUGUAAAUAUUGUAUUUCAGUUAUAAUUAACAUUUUCACAGCUAACCAGAAAUUUUCUUAUAGCGUAGUUUGAUCCAUCGUGUGUUUCUAUGUGCUGAGUGUCCUUGUUGUAGCUUUUGUCCUCUUAUUUUGUGCCAAAAACCUCUAAUCUAGCGCUUUAACAACAGCACUGCCACCAGUAGAAGACAAGCCUUUCCUCCUAGGAGGAAAGGAUGUAACAGGAUGAAGUUCACUUCUAACUCCUUGAAUCAGGAGGAAGAUUAUUCUCCUAAGUAAUGCAGAUUUAUAACGUUGUUCAGUAAAAGAAGACCCAUUUAGUACAAAAUCUGAGUCAGAAGCGACUCCCGUUUUACGACUAGAUCACUUCACUAAAGUCUCAGAUUAAAAUGCAUUAUUACCUGCUGCUCCUGUUUUACAAGUCCUCAAAACGAGUUCUGUUCAGCAGUGAAAUAUUUUCAUUUGAGUGUCAUUUCACAAACCACAUAAUAAUGAAUAAAUAAAUUGGGACUCUAGUGAAAUGUUUGUUUUAUACUGAAAACAUGUUUGGGUUUGUAUUUAUGUCUCUGUACUGUCUCAAAGUUUUCUAUCUCCAUGUACCAAAAAAUGAUUGUAUAUAAAAUGUCUCAGUGGAA